GCCGGGGGCCGGGCCGGGCCGCGUCACCCCGCUGCGGGCGGGGACACGAGCAGGAGCCGCCGGGGCCGCGCGGAGCCCAGCGCAGCCGCCCGCAGCGCGCAGGGAAAUGGCAGACGGUUUCUCUCUCUCCGACGCUUUGCCCGGCGGCAACAGCCCGAACCCCGGCGCUCCCCCGGGCCAAGGCUGGCCCGCCGCCUGGGGCCACCCCCCGCCGGGCCCCGGCCCCUUCCCGGGGUACCCGGGGCAUUAUCCGGGAGCCCCGGGGCCGCAUCCGGGACCACCGCCAGGACCAGGACCGUUUCCCGGAGGACCUGGAGCCUUCCCUGGAGGGCCAGGAGGACCAGGACACCAUCAUCCCCCCGGCCACCCUGGAUUUGGGCCCCCUCCUCCGCAAGGGGGACCGGCUGCACUGAUGAAAGUCCCCUUCGAACUGCCGCUGCAGGCGGGCCUCAUGCCGCGGAUGCUCAUAACCAUCACGGGGACGGUGAACGCGAGACCAGACAGGUUUGCCCUGGAUUUCAAGAAAGGGCACGAUGUUGCCUUCCACUUCAAUCCCCGCUUCAACGAGGCUAGCAGAAAAGUCAUCGUCUGCAACUCCAUGUUCCACAACAAGUGGGGAAAGGAGGAUAGAACAGCUCCUCGAUUUCCCUUUGAAGCUGGAAAACCCUUCAAGCUCCAGAUCCUCUGCGAGGUGGAUCACUUCAAGGUAGCGGUCAACGAUGCUCACUUGCUGCAGUACCACUACCGUGAGAAGAAACUGAACGAAGUCACCAAACUCUGCAUUAGUGGGGACAUCUCUCUCACCAGCGUGAUGCCUACCAUGAUAUAGCCACGGUGUUCUCAUUACUUUCAGCACAAACUUAGUGCUUUUAACAAGUGCUGUAACAGAAGUGCCUUCUUGCAUGAAUACUUUUACUACCUUUAAUUAAAAUAUACUCUGGCAGUAAAA